GAGUGCACCGCCAACUCGCUGUCCCGAGCACGGUGAAGUAAGGCAAACAACGCCAUAGGUCAGAAAUGUAAUGCCAACUCGCUGUCCAGAGUAAGGCGAGGUGAAAGAAUCUGCACCCAUGGAUACGAGGUACUGUCACUGUCUCUACUGCGUUUCAUGUUACAAAGAUGUUGUUCGAUGGUAAUUCUGAUGAGGUCACUGAAUUUAGAGCCAGGUUGCCUCCACAGGUGGACGAAGGUAGUAUCGUUCUAAGCGGUGGAGCAUAUGGGGAAGAAGGUGUUGUGAAGACUACCACAAUCAAGGCUCUAUUGGACACCACAAAGGGUUCAAAAGCUAAUCAAUCUGAAAUCGAUGCCCUUACGACUGAUGGUAAUACAACCACUGAGAAAAGUCAUGACAAGGAGCGAUGGAACAAAGAUGAUGAAGCUGAGAGCGAUGAACUUGAAGAUGUAUACAGUGACGAGCAUUAAAGCUUUGGACUAUAUCUUUCAUAUCGAUGCGUAUUUUAGUUCACUUUGACUGUUUAUACUUUAGUUUAAAUGAUGAACUAUUUUUGAGAUGUUGGUUUACAUUCUAGUAAAUGGGUUAGUUGUAA